GUGGGAGUAUAUAAAUCUAGGAUGCAUGACUAGUGCCACGUUGCCGCUUCUGUUCGGUGUCCUCUCUCUCUUUCACUACUCACCACCACUCUCUCUCUCUCUCCCUCCAUCUCUCUUGGAUUCUCUCUCAGAUUCCAUGGAAGCUCCAAAAAGCUGAUUCGUUCAGCCAAUUUUUCUUCACUCUCUCUCAGAUUCGGAUCCGUGGUCAGAUCAACCACCGUGUGUUUUCCGAUCCGAUUCGAUUCUUUUUUUGUCAGAGCUCUCAGAUAAAUACUAGGAUUCCGUUUCCACCACAGAUCCUUGAUUUGAUUUGGAUUUAUUUCUUCUUCUUUCUCUCUUCGAGUUUGAUUCCACAAGAUACCUUGUUAGUUUUUCUCUCUACCUUUGAUUUGAUCCGUUUUCGUUAUUUGAAUCGAAAAUUUGCUUAGGAAGUAGAGAUUCUGGAUCGUGUUCGUUAUUGUUCAUGAUUUGCUUGUUGAAUUCUAUAAUCUUACUCGUUGAAUAUGCAGGAUCUAAGUUUAAUUGAAGAAUUUAGAGGUUGAAAUCAGUUUAACAACAUUUCUCAACUUAUCCAUACAGAUAGAUAGGGUCCUGCAUUGGAGAAACUAAUUUAAGGUAAGGUUUGACUACUUAGAUGGUAUGCAGCAGUUUCAUAAGGAGUUUCAUUGUUCAAGCUGGUUGUCGUAUUGGGGUGUUGGCUCAAGGAAGACAUCAGUUUAUUCAUAUUAAGAAGACUUUGAGUGUGGGUUUUGGAUUUAGAACUAGUGUGAUUGGAUUUAGAACAACCAGUGGAAUUGGAUUUAGAACUAGUGCGAAGAUGAUGGUUGAUACUUCUGCUGGAGAGAAACGUAUAUCCUUAGUUGAUAUGCCGCCUGAGAAAGUUGAUGAUGGUGGAUACAUCGGUGGUGGGUGGAAAAAUGAUGAUGGAAGCUUGAGCUGUGGGUACUGUAGUUUCAGAGGGAAAAGAUCUACGAUGGAAGAUUUCUAUGAUAUCAAAGCUUCCACUAUUGAAGGCCAAGCAGUUUGCAUGUUUGGAAUAUUUGAUGGCCAUGGUGGUUCACGUGCUGCUGAAUACCUGAAGGAACACCUGUUUAACAAUCUCAUGAAGCAUCCACAAUUUUUGACAGACACCAAGCUGGCAUUAAAUGAAACAUAUAAACAAACUGAUGUAGCAUUCCUCGAGUCCGAAAAGGAUACUUACAGAGAUGAUGGCUCCACAGCAUCUGCUGCUGUGUUGGUGGGGAACCAUUUGUAUGUUGCAAAUGUUGGAGACUCGAGGACAAUAGUUUCUAAAGCUGGGAAAGCGAUCGCGCUAUCUGAUGACCAUAAGCCAAAUAGAAGCGAUGAAAGAAAGCGAAUUGAAAGUGCUGGUGGUGUUAUCAUGUGGGCAGGAACAUGGAGAGUAGGUGGGGUGUUGGCUAUGUCCCGGGCCUUUGGUAACAGAAUGCUGAAGCAAUUCGUUGUUGCUGAACCCGAGAUACAAGAUCUAGAGAUAGAUCAUGAGGCCGAGUUGCUUGUGCUUGCAAGUGACGGUUUAUGGGAUGUGGUACCAAAUGAGGAUGCGGUAGCCCUUGCUCAGAGCGAGGAAGAGCCCGAAGCAGCUGCCCGCAAGUUAACUGACACUGCCUUCAGCCGUGGCAGUGCAGACAACAUCACGUGCAUUGUUGUUAAAUUCCGUCAUGAUAAGACAGAAUCUCCUAAAAUCGAAACAAACGCCAUGGCUGAAUCGGAACCUGAACUGAACCCCACAACUGAACUGGAACCUGAAUCAAACCCCAGUACUGCAUUGGAAACUGAAUCAAUCCCCAAAGCUGAACUGGAAUCCGAACCUGAUGCUAUACCUGAUCCAAAACCUGAAACCGAACCAGAGACCAAGGGUGAGAAAGCUGGUGAGUAAGGUAGCAGCCGGGGAAAGGUGUCCAUACUGUUGGGGACAUGUGGAAACAGAUGAAUAUAAAAUUGCUUAGUAAGUUGUGUGGUUUGUGGCUACCUGUAACGUGUGAGGAUUUGUGUUUUUUGGUUUUGUGUUGCAUUCAUGCACAUGCCUAUGCCUGCCUUGAGGACGACGACGACCCUUUUGACAUGUCCCCGAUUUUUGUCUAUUCAUUUUACCCUAUUUUGUUUUUGUUGGUGCUACUCACACCAAAAACAGCACAUUUGUUCUCUGUUUCUCCUACUUUUUUCUAUCUUUUAUUUAAAACACCGUCCAUUCCAAUAAACAAUGUUUUUGUAAUUCUUCCCCAUCUCUUAGCUUUCCUCGUUCGUCUCUACGUUAUUAGUAGAUCUCAAGUAUCACCAUAACAAAUUUGUGGUUAUUUGAACAA